CAGGGCCAGGCCUGUCUCUGAAGCCCUCUUUGGAAGAGUAAUCACACCCUUCUCUCUCUCUGUGUCGUGUUGAGUUGUGUUGCGCCGCUGCUGCUGCAGACCCUUUUGUUCCGCAGCCGCGCCCAGUCCGUCGCCAUGGUGACCCCUCUCGUCAAGCGCGAUGUCAUCAAGAAGCGCGUCAAGAAGUUCAAGCGCAUGCAGUCUGACCGCAAGAUUUGCGUCAAGACGAACUGGAGGAGGCCGAAGGGAAUUGACUCUAGGGUGCGUCGUAAGUUCAAGGGAACUACUUUGAUGCCCAACAUUGGUUACGGAUCCAACAAGAAGACGAGACAUGUGCUGCCCAGCGGUUUCGUUAAGUUUUUGGUUCACAAUGUGAAGGACGUCGAGUUGUUGUUGAUGCACAACAGGAAGUACAGCGCUGAAAUCGCACACAACGUCUCCACCUUGAAAAGGAAGGCGAUUGUGGAGCGCGCAGCACAGUUGAACAUUGCGUUGACCAACGGAAGUGCCCGUCUUCGCAGCCAGGAGGACGAAUAGAUGUGAUAGUUUUCCUCUCGAAACUCUCUUUUUCUAUUUUGUCCGAGUUGAUGUAUUUCACUAAUACUACAUCAAUGACGAUCCGAUAUCCUGGGAACCCCUGCGGAAUGAUUUGUAUCUUU